CCCCCACCCAUUUAAAACCAACCCAUCCAAACAAAAAUCAUAUCAGCACGAAAUAAAUUAAAUAGGGAAAAAAAAGCCCUAAUCCCCAAUUGUCAUAAAAAUCUCACCUUUUCCCCCAAAUUCUCAUAAAAAUCUCACGCUUUCCCCCAAAUUCUCAUAAAAACCUCACCUUGUACCCCAAUUCAUGACCUAAUGAAGAUCGUGAGCCCCUGCUGGAGGCCCUCAUCGGCCAACAACGAAUACAGCGACGAUGGAUCGAGAGGUCGCGGUAGAGCCGAUGGAUUGCUUUGGUAUAAGGACCUAGGGCGCCACGUGGCGGGAGAAUUCUCGAUGGCGGUGGUUCAGGCGAACAAUUUGCUCGAAGAUUCGAGCCAGGUUGAAUCGGGCCCGUUGAAUUUGGAGAAUUCGACUUUUGGGAGUGAUUCUUGUUGUGGGACUUUCGUUGGGGUUUAUGAUGGUCACGGUGGGCCGGAGACCUCGCGGUAUAUUAACGAUAAUUUGUUCCGGAAUCUGAAGAGAUUUGCUUCGGAACAACAAGGCAUGUCAGUAGAUGUUAUAAAGAGUGCAUAUGCUGCCACAGAAGAAGGCUUUAUCUCUGUUGUAAAAAAGCAAUGGAGCAUCAUGCCACAGAUUGCAUCGGUUGGCUCGUGCUGUUUGGUCGGUAUAAUAUGUGGUGGGAUGCUUUACAUUGCAAAUGCAGGAGAUUCACGUGCAGUGUUAGGGAGAUGGAUGAGAGGCGAACGAGCAAUUUCAGCAGUUCAAAUGUCAACGGAACAUAAUGCAAGCAUUGAGUCUGUGAGGGAGGAAUUACGAUCUUUGCAUCCUGAUGAUCCACAUAUUGUAGUCCUUAAGCAUAAAGUUUGGCGUGUGAAGGGUCUCAUUCAGAUUUCCAGAUCUAUCGGGGAUGCUUAUCUAAAAGAUGCAGAAUUUAACCGGGCACCUCUAGUCUCAAGGUUUCGCUUAUCGAGGCCAUUUCAUAAAUCGAUCCUUAGUGCCGAGCCAUCUAUAGUUACACAUAAACUCUCUCCACAAGACCAGUUUCUCAUAUUUGCAUCAGAUGGUCUAUGGGAACACCUGAGCAAUCAAGAAGCUGUAGAUUUGGUUCACAAUUCACCUCGUAAUGGAAUUGCGAGGAGAUUGAUAAAGGCUGCUUUAAAAGAGGCAGCAAAGAAAAGAGAAAUGAGGUACUCUGACCUUAAGAAGAUUGAACGAGGCAUCAGGAGGCAUUUCCACGAUGAUAUUACUGUCGUAGUUUUAUAUCUAGACCCUGGUCUUAUCCGUAAGACUAAUUACAGUGGCCCUACAAUUUCAUUAAGAAAGGGUGGGGCUUCAUUCCCCAAUUCCAACUUUCUUCUGUGAAGCUCUCAAAAUGCAGAGAAUUAGUUUGUCCGGUACGGGACUUAAUUCUUUCUUCUGUCCUCUAUGAGAGGCAGUAAAAGCUAAGAACCUUUGCAGUACAAGAAAUGGAUUCAUCAUUUUGCACUGGAUAUAGCUAGCAGAUAGCAAUAGUUCGGUGUUGUAAUGGUUUGUUGGGAUUCGACUUUGAGAAUGCAGAUAACGAGUAUGAUCGUUCUCAGCUUCUCGGUGAAGUUUUGGAGGGAAUUCAGAUGAUAGGUGCAGGUGGUAUUGUUAAUUUUCUAUUUCACGGCCACAUCGGUGUUAGAUAUUACCUCUUUUCAGUUUAGAAUUUUUUCAAUGCAAUAUGAUCUCUUUGUGAAGAAGCCUGCAAUUUUGGAAAUAUUUGUAGUAAUUCAACUACUACUUGUAUCAUCUGACAUAUAUUUGUAGUUAAGUUUGAUGCUCCUCAGUUGUACGUUGUUUGUAUAUACUUGGUAACUUCAGUUUACAGCAGAAGAAUAUAAUAGACUGAAGUUGAGCGUGAUGGCUUCUGUUUUUCUUAAUUAAAGUGAUUCUCUAUUAUUAACAGGGAUGAAAGAAUUUGCGAACU